AUGGGGGUGACAGUGCUCUUGUGGGGCAUCAUCUUGUUCUUCUUGGGAUCGUACCUGAUUACCGAAACGUGGACUUGGGGUUAUCGAGGCAAAUGGACCAAUUUGAAUACCUACAUUCCAGCAAGUAUCUGCAUUAGCCUGCAUCGAUCGAUUUUUGGCCCGCCAAAGGAACUGGUGUUUUCCGAGGAGCAAUUGAUGAGAUAUGACGGCAGUAAUCCCAAUUUGCCGAUUUAUGUAGCCAUCGACGGCGACGUGUAUGACGUGACAGCGGGAUCCAUGUGGUACGGUUUAGGAGCGAGUUAUCAUCACUUUGCUGGGAAGGAUGCCGCUCGAGCUUACGUGACUGGGUGUUUUCAGGACCAUCUCACCCACGAUCUCCGUGGUCUCUCGGAAAAACAGCUAAAGGGAGUGGACCAUUGGAAGAAGUUUUAUGAAAACCAUCACAAGUACUUUAAAGUGGGCCGGGUAUUGCAUGCUCCCAUCGACGAGCAUGCACCAAUUCCUCCACCUUGUAAACAAGCCGUUGGUCAGAAACCUUGA